GAGCCCCACUCGUGCUCAGCCGCGCUACUGUAAUCAUAUGAUAGCGAACCCGGCUCCGGGACAACGCAGCCGCCGCCGACUUGUUCGCGAACAGCUCUCAAGUGAACUUUUUCUCGCCGCCCUACCUUUCAAAACAACUUGAGAGUCGCGGAGGGGCUCGCAUCAUCCGGAGACGAGCAGGGGGUGGGGGGCGGCUGUGAUUUGAAGAGUAGCCGCUUGAGAGACACGCUCGUCGGCCGGAAGACGGUGUUGUCCUGGCAUUUGUGGACUUUUUGUUUUUCUUUUAAAGACCCCACCUCCCCUCCACCACACAAUAUAUAUUUUUUUAUAUUAAAUCCCAGCAGAGUGCUUUUGCGUCGACGCUCCAGCCAUGGUCGGGGAGACAGAGGUGAAGGAGAGACCCAAGUCCAAUCCGGACUACUUAAUGCAGCUGAUGAAUGACCGGAAGGUGAUGAGUUCACUGCCCAACUUCAGCGGCAUCUUCACGCAUCUGGAGCGGCUGCUGGAUGAAGAGAUCGGGCGGGUACGCAAGGACAUGUACAACGACACAGUGAACGGAGGCAUGUUCAACGGACGUGACAUGGAGGAGUUGCCCGAAGCCGUCGGCCCGGUGGCCCAGCUGCAGGAGAAACUCUACGUCCCGGUCAAAGAGUACCCUGACUUCAACUUUGUUGGGAGGAUCCUGGGCCCGCGCGGGCUGACGGCCAAACAGCUGGAGGCAGAGACCGGCUGCAAGAUCAUGGUGCGCGGGAAAGGCUCAAUGCGAGACAAGAAGAAGGAGGAGAUGAACCGAGGCAAGCCUAACUGGGAGCACCUGAGCGAGGACCUGCACGUCCUGAUCACGGUGGAGGACACGAACAACCGUGCCAAAAUCAAGCUGCAGCGGGCCAUCAACGAAGUCAAGAAACUCCUCGUCCCCGCUGCUGAAGGUGAGGACAACUUGAAGAAAAUGCAGCUGAUGGAGCUGGCCAUCCUCAAUGGAACCUACAGAGACGCCAAUGUCAAGACACCCACCGCCAGCUUCCCGCUCGGCACCCCGCAGGCCCCUCGCAUCAUCACCGGCCCCACGCCCGUCCUGCCGCCCACCCUGCGUAACCCCGCCCCCGUGACCACGCCGACCAUCAUGCCUCUGAUUCGUCAGAUCCAGAGCUCAGCCCUGGUGCCGGGCGGCAACCCGCAUCCAGCCCUGGUGCAACAAGGACCCGAGUCUGGGAUCAUCUACACGCCUUACGAGUACCCCUACACACUGACGCCCUCCAUAUUGGAAUACCCCAUCGACUCGACCGGCGUGUUAGGUAUGGCUUUCCCAACCAAAGGCUAAGCGAUUAGCUAUUCAUCUUAGUGCACACGGACUGGCUUGCAGAGGAAAAAACAAAACAAAACCCAAAACCCUCCCUUUCCAGAACCUACACCCCACCCAUCCUUCUAAAUACUUACAGUAUGUUACGGAGCAAAGGCUCACAGCUUGCUCACACUGUAGGACAACAGAUUCCUCGUGCUAUAGUUAAGUGUCCAUGGCUUCAUCUCGCUCGUGACGUUCUAUUAGCUGACUAGCGUGGUGGUGUGACGCAUUCAAUUCUAACCUUGUUUUUUUUUUUUUAACAGAAAAAUAGUUCAGCUUGUAAUUUUAACACAUUUUUCUAGUGUAGAUGUUCUAGCACGCGCUGUUUGUGAUGUUUUUUUUUUUUUUUUUUUUUUUUAAAAAGCUUGUUUAAUGAUUCCAGUGCCUCAUUAGUGUGAUUUUGAAGCGACUAGUGAAGCUUUUUUUAAUAGAAAGUAGUGGGUUGGAUUAAUCUUUAGAGAACAGAAGACCACAACACAACAAAAUUCUGUCCUCUUUGAAUGACUUAACAAUCCUGUUAUGUAUAAACACUUAUCACUUAUGUUUGUGUGUUAAAUUGAGGUGAAAUAAGGUGUGUGUGUGUUUGUUUGUGUAUGUGUGUAUGAUAUGAACUAUAUUGGACAAUGAGUGUAUAAUAUUUGCAAAGAAAAGAAUUAGCCAUUUCUGCACACUCCUUUCACCUGCUGCAUCACUGCCAGGUCAAUAUAUUUAAUAGAGCAUGUAUGGGAAGGGAGGUGUUUGCAAAUAUUUAAAAAAAACAUUUUUAUAAAUAUGUAAUAUAAGAAAUUAAGAAAAAAGACAAAAAUAAGGCCAACGGAAGAUUUAUCUUAAUCCCUAAAUAUUUUUUCCAGAUAUUUUUUGAGUCAAUGAGUCACUCUUCAUUUAAUCAUGAAAAAUACAACACAAAUUCUAUUUUUUUAAAUAAUUUUUAAAUAAAGAAAUGACUCGAGCAGAACAAGUUUUAUCAUAAUUUUAAUUUUUUAUUUUUUUUUUAAUCAAACUUUAACCCUCCUGUUGCAUGUUUCGUACAAACAAUGUUCAUGGGUCAAUGUGACCCGCUUUGUGUGUAAUCAACAACAACAAAAAUUAUAAUUUUUUAACUUAUUUUUAAAAAAGAUAAGGGAAAAAUAAGCCUAAUAGAAGAAGUUUAACCUAAAUUUGUAAAAACAAAAAACAAUUUUCCUAGAUUUUAAAACAGAUCCAUUUGACCCACAGCAUAACAGGAGGGUUAAAUAUAAACCUCCCCACCCCAACCCCCCCCCCCCCCCCCCCCACCAUCCCCUCAAAUCUCCCAGAAGUGGCCGCUGACGUUGUAUGAUGUGUUUUUUGUGAUGAGUAACCUUCUGUGUUCUGUUUUGGCCAACGUCAUCGCGCUUGUUAGCAGCUGCCAUGACCGCUAAGGUACGCCGCCAAGACAAGAGAAUCCAUCCUUACCAAAGGGUAGUGACCACAGACAGAGGUUAGUUAGCUCACCAGCCACUUUUUGUGUACGUGUGUGUGUGUGAGUGUGUGUGUGCGCGCGUGCGCCCAUUCAGACCAAGGGACCAGUUUAUGUGUUUGUGUGUGUCUUAGCAUGGCAUGCCAAGCUUGGCGUAAAAUGUGAAAACAGUUUUGUUGCAGUAAAAGUGACAUUUCGGGAGGAGCCAUGUCGGGUGGGGUGGGGGGAUGUGGGGGUUGCUCUUAUCUCUUGUUCGCAAACCCGGGCGGCCACUCUCAAUUAGAGUGGAUCACUCCAUUCAUGUGACUUCCUUCCUUGUGACUCCUGGACUCGGGAGUUCUCGUUUUUGUUGUUGUUGGUUUUUUGUUUUUUUUCCAUCUCUGCUACUUAUUACCCAGCACGUCCUAUGGGAACCUUUUAUUUAUACCCGAUUUCAUUCCACUAGUUCCCACAUUUUGUUGUGAAUGAUCAAAGUGUUGUGCCCGAUGACUACACGCCACUUAAUCCCAUUUUACUACUAAAACACAGCGUGUGAUGACUACUGAAGUCUGUGUUCCGAGCUCUUUUUCUUUGUUUUUGUAUGAAAUACUGUUGUUUGUGGUCUUAUCAGUCGCCCACUGGACUUUAUCAUUGGGACUGUUUACAUCUUUCAUAUUAUAUUUCCUAGCCAGAGUGGUGCUGUUGCCAUGUAUUUAGCUGCAAACAAUAAAAAGACAAAUACAUUUGUAUAUAGGGAUUUUAAAGUGCUUAUAUGAAGCUAAUGGAACAAAAUCGCUUGAAAGUAUUUGUAGUUUUUUUUUUUUUUUUAGUUUGUACAUUUUUAUUUUUACAGUAUGCUUUUUAUAGAUGAAGUAUCUCCAUGUAAGACUUCUGUUCCGAGUGUGUAGCUCCUACUGUUCCCUGGAAGGCAGCGUUGUUGUGCUUGUGUGUGUGUUUUUGUUUUGUUUUGAUUUUGUUGUUUUUAAAGAUGAGGUGACCUUCUCAAUGCACAGGCCUCAUGACUGUUUUUAUGCAAUAUAGACAUGGACUAGCUAGCUACAAUAUGUAUGUGUGAGCAGUGGUGCUCCUGUUGUACAAAACAAACAAACAAAAAACACUAAAAGGCAAUAAAGACGACUAUUGAGAACAAAAUAAAUCUCCAAAGACAACCUAAAGACUCUAAAUUCUUGUAGUUAGACUGUCUAUUUUGAAUUUGUUUCCUCUGAAAAAACAAACAAAUCACCAUCUUUUAACCUCUCAUUGCUAUCUCUUACUACGGCACCUCUCUGCUCACAGUAGCCAUUAGCCGCUCUGCUAAUACUUCCUAGCCAAUGGAACAAAGCAUAAUCAAUAAUACUAGUAAUCAGUCAGGCUUACUUGCAACUCUAUAGCUCCUUACGACGAGAGGGUCACGCUCUCACCCACAUGAAACCAUGCCGUCCAUGGUUACCCAAAGUGCACGCAGUGCUAAAUCUGCAGGAGUUGUACGGCAACUCCACAUGGAAAAAGUGCAAGAUGCGAAUUUGGACGACACAAUUAUGCUCCCCAAAAAAUUUUUUCAUUUUACAAAUAUAAAGCCCUAUAUUUUCACAGAAAAACUUGAGGGUGUUUCAAGGAAAAACAGAUUUUCACAAAAAGGUUGUAUUUUUUAAAGUCAAAAUGUCCUAUUUUUUGAGGGCAGAAGUAGUAGUAUUUUUUUAAGUUUUAAGUUUGUAGAGGAGAGAAAUCUUAAUUUAAGAGAUCAAGAGAUUUUAUCAUUUAAUUUUUUGAAGAAAAAUGUGUAUAUUUUCGAGAGAAGUCAUAUUUUCAAGGAAAUGCUAGUAUAUUGUCGAAAGAAAAUACUUUGAGGACAAAAAUUCUAUUUUUCGAGGGAAAUUAUUUUGUCUUUUACCGCAAAAGUUUUUUUAAAAGUAAAGUUUAUUUAAUUUCAAGGAAAACCAUAUUUUUGGACAAAAAAUGUAUUAUAUAUCUGAGGUUUUUUUUGUAUUUUUGAGAAAACAAAGUCGACAAUUUUCAAGAAUAAGUUUGAUAUUAAAAAAAAAUCUCAUUUUUCAAGAAAAAAGUAUAUGCAGAUUUUCUGGAAAAAUGUAUUUUUUUUAUAGAUUUUUGAGGGGCAAAAAAUAUAUUUGAGAAAAAAACUUUAAAAGGCAGAUUUUUUUUUCAAGAAUACUGUUACACAUCCUCGAGGACAGCCAAUGUAUGCACGCACAGUCAUGGCUCGUCGUCGCUGUGUGCACUUUGGGUAACCACAGCAUCUCCUCCUCUACCUCAUGGUUUCACCGUCUGGUAACAUGAGUAGCAUAACGGUAACGGUGGUCACAUGAUGCUGGGGGCAGCGGAGCAUUCUGCCCCUAGCACCGGGUGCAACCACCGUAGAAAAAAAGAAAAUUGCCUUGUUGUCAUCCCGACGCCACUAGCUGAAACUAAUCUCUCUUCUAUCUUUUGUUUUUUUUUCUUUUUAUGUCCCCUUCUGUGUGCCUCUUUUUUUUUUGUUCCGUUUCCUUUCCUGGUCUGUCUGUGUCCCGUCUAACUCUAGCUGCCACGGCAACUAACCCAUGACACCUUUUCCACCCACUGAUGACCCCAGCCCCCUCCCCUACCCCAUUUCAUUGGCCAAGUGCCCCCCAGCCCUGGCGCUCUCCUUCCCUCGGCGCCCCCCUCCCACCCUUACCCGGCUCAGCCAACCAGAGGCCGGCCCCGGAAGCGACCCUUCCAUCUAACCAGCAGCGGACGGCGGCCCGGCGACGAUAACCCAGCAGGGACCGCUGCCAUCAAACUUUUAGCCCACGUGCCUUCCUCUCGCAUAUUGCCCACCGUCGUCAUUGUGGGGGUCCAAACGAGCUCCUGCAUAAGCAAUAAUUAUUACUCUUCUUUAUAACUCAACUACUGAAGAUUCUAAUUGAACUCACCCUGCACUCAAACCGUCCACAGAGAGAGAGAGCUGUUGAUAUUGUGCAUUCUACUUCAUCUCAACGAGCAACCAACUGCUAACAUGUUAGCAUUUAAUUCAUGUUAAUUUUUGGGGUAACAGUAACAGACCACAGGGCAGGAUGUAAAAACCUUUAUCAACAUGCCUCAGCGCUUUUUGUACUUCUUGCUGUGUGUUAGCAUACCAACUGUUAGCAUGUUAGCAUUUCAUGAGUCCUCAUUUGAAAUGGCACCCAACUAAAGGGCAGGGAAAAAAAUCCUUAAUGACCUUGCAGAGAGUGUUCUCUUACAUAUUUGCAUACCGAGUGUUAGCAUGUUAGCAUUUUAUGAGUCGUCAUUUGAAAUAGCGACUGACUAUAGGGCAGGAUGUCAAAUCCUUAAUGACCAUCCCGAUGGAGUUCUCUUAUGUUUGCAUACAAACUGAUGGCAUGUUCACAUUUGAUCAAUUCUCAUUUAUAAUAGUACCCCACUACAGGCCAGGGUGUUAAAUACUUAUUAAUCCACAGCGUUUUUUACAUUCAGGUUGCUACUUUGCAACUGUAUAUUUUAGCAUACUAAUGGUUAACAUGUUCGCAUUUUAUCAAUCCUCAUUAGAAAUGGAACCCGACUACAGGGCAAAAUGUUAAAUCCUUAUUGACUAGCCUCAGCCCUUUCUGUACUCAUGCUGCUAUCUUGCUAGAUGAUAGCAUACCAACUGUUAGUAUGCUAGCAUUUUAUCAGUCCUUAUUACUAUAGCACAGAUACAAGGUAUCGGUAUCGGGCCGAUACCAGCCUUAGUUCACCUUAUCUGGUACUAUAGGCUGCAGAUACCAGCCACCGAUGAUCUGACAUUAAGUAAUUCCUCUUCGGCAGUAGUUGGCGCUACACUAUGGCGGUUUGACAUAUCGGUGAAUCAUCGUGCUUGUCUAAAAGUAAGAAGGGCCUUUCUUCACAAUUAUAUGUAAUUUAAUUGAAAUGUUAUGUAUCAAAAGUACUAGGGGUAGUCAGCGAGUACUCAAGUAAGUAUUGGUAUCGGUCUGAAAAGUAGUGGUUUUGUGGUAUCGAACAUCCAUACUUAUUACAAAUAGCACCUGACUACAGGGACUACAGUUUUUUUAAAGAGUUCCUCUGAGGUUUUAUUUCAUUUGAUUUUAUUAAUGCUUCCAUUAAAAAAAAAAAACUAAAACAAAAAAAAACAAGGGAACUCAAGGCCUUCUUUCUUUUAAAUAUCACUGACGUUUUAAAGAGUGCCUUGAAUUUUGUGCUUCCGUUACCCUCCUCGAGCGAAGUAAAAUGCCAAGGCGGACCCUCUCUCACCGCAAAAAGAAAGUGAAAUCCAAAAGGGCCAAAGUAUCACAGUCAUCAAGUCAAGGAUCCGGAUGCUUCUUUCGCAGUACUGUGAGUCAACACGCAGGGUUUAAAUGCCAAGUGUGAACACGUGGAAGGACAUUUGCACAACAUCUCAACAAAAGUGCCUUUAAAAAAUGUUUUUAAAAAAUCACCAGUUUUAAAUUUUUUUAUUACAAUUUACCGCUUUCUCCCUCAUUUUACUGCCCAAUCCCUGUCCAAGUGCCACACAGUAUUAAGCAGUGAUUCAUAAGAUGUCUUUUUAUGUAUGCGUGAGGAUGGAACACUGUAAUAUGUUUUUUGUCAUAACUUGCCCACACAUCCUAUAUAAAGGAGCACAUGCAACACAGCCAACCGAGGCCUUGGUAUGAAAAAACAUGCGGUCGUAACACCUGUAACGAGUUUAUAUGUAUUUUUAUAUGCUAUUUUGUACAUUAAAUGACCUUUUCAGA